AAUACCAUGGACUAGUACGCGGCUCCCGAGGAAUGCAGAUUGAAGUCCACAAAUAUGUAUUGAGCCUCUCAGGCUGAGGGCGCCGGACCGCGGAAUCGAGUGUCGAGAGAAAAGGAAGGGGAGCGAGUUUUCAUCGCCGCAGCCAUGAACCUCAGCGUUGUCAAUGGGACCUGGAAUGAUUCCGGCCCGUGGAACGCCACGGACCUCCUGGACACCAAGUUCCUCCAGCCCAAGUGGCUCAUCGCCCUCUGGGCUCUUGCCUACUCCGCCAUCGUGCUGGUGGCGGUCUGCGGAAACAUAGUGGUCAUGUGGAUUAUCCUGGCGCACAAGAGGAUGAGGACGGUCACCAACUACUUGUUGGUCAACUUGGCGUUCGCCGAGACCUCCAUGGCCGCAUUCAACACGGUCAUCAACUUUGUCUACAGUAUCCACAACGACUGGUACUUCGGCGCCGGCUACUGCCGCUUCCAGAACUUCUUCCCCAUCACUGCCAUGUUCGCCAGCAUCUACUCCAUGACGGCGAUCGCUAUCGACAGGUACAUGGCUAUCAUUCACCCGCUGAAACCAAGACUGUCGGCAACUGCAACCAAAGUCGUCAUUGGCGUCAUCUGGGUGAUGGCCCUAACCCUUGCCUUUCCGCAGUGCUAUUACUCCAAAACAGAGCAGUUCCCAGGCAGAGUCGUGUGUUACGUGGAGUGGCCGGAGAAUGAAGAGAGCAAAGAGGAAGGCAUGUACCACAUCUGUGUGAUAGCCCUUGUCUACUUCAUGCCCCUGAUUGUGAUGGGGUUUACGUACACAGUUGUGGGCAGGACGCUGUGGGCCAGUGAGAUUCCGGGGGAUUCCUCAGACAGAUAUAGGGAGCAGCUCAUUUCCAAGAGGAAGGUGGUGAAGAUGAUGAUUGUAGUGGUGACUACCUUCGCUGUGUGCUGGCUUCCCUUUCACAUCUACUUCCUGCUUGCCCUCUUCCACCCUGAGAUCUACCAGGAGAAAUACAUCCAGCAAGUAUACCUGGCCAUCUUCUGGCUCGCCAUGAGUUCCACAAUGUACAAUCCCAUAAUCUACUGCUGUCUCAAUGAACGGUAA